AAAUUCCGGCCUCGCUCGGUCUCCGGGGAAGCAGCAGCUGCCGCACCGCCACCGCCGGAGCAGUAGUUAGAAAACUCUUGGCGGAAUGGAAGAGCCUCAGAGGGUGCAGGAUGUGGGCGUGUCCCGCGCCCCCAACCUCCCUGGGGACCCUGAUCCUGAAGAGACCAUCCGAAGUCUGCAAGCGGAGUUGGCAGCCGCCUUGGCCGAAGUGGAGACAGUCCGAGCUGUGGCUGCAGUGAGUGAAGGCACCAAAGAGGAGGCAGUGGAGGCUGUCCAGCGCAGGUGCCAGGAAGAGGUGGCUUCCUUGCAGACUAUCUUGAAAGAUACCAUUUCCAGCUAUGAGGCCCGUCUGUCAGCUUUCCAGCGUGACAGUCGGGAAAAUGUUUGGAGCAGGCUGCCAAGGACCAACCCUCUGGACUCAUUGGAGAAACAGAUGGAAAAAGCACAAGAGGAUACUCAGCGACUCCGGGCCAUUGUUCUGCCGAUGGAGCAGGAAAUUGCUGAACUGAAAGCAAAAUUGGCCCACGCUGAGAGUCUGGUUCAGGAGCUGCAGAGUGAGGAGGUGAGAUGGAAAAGAAGUAUAGAAGGAAAGCAAUCCCUAUGUAGCUCAGCAGAAUCCCUUCUUGCUGAUCCCGAGACUGUGUCCACGGAUUUGCCUGGAAAUCACCAGGUUCCUUUGAUGGAAGGAGGAGUAGCAGAGAAGUUUGCCUGUAGUCUGGACAGCAUCUCCAUUGCUUCAUUUUCCUCUUUGACACCAAGUUCUGGGCCUUCUGUCCGACGCAGACGUCCCCCAAGUCCUGAGACAUGUUCCAUUGCUUCCUCAACUGGAACCCUGGUGCCUGAGACUAUUUAUCUACCACCAGUGGGAUACCAGCUUGUGUCUGAAUCAGAGUGGGCUCAGCUCCAAGAACAGGUGCAACAGCAACAUGGAGCUCUGGAGGAAAGAGCAAAGGAGAAAGCUAACCUGGAAGAGGCAUUGAGACGUAGCAAUGAAGAGUGCAGUAAGCAGGUUCAGGUUCUUUUGACUCAGAUCCAGACAUCAGAAAACAUUCUCCAAAGCCUCCAAGCCACCGUGAGUGAAACCCAGCGGAAGACCCAAGAGCAGAUGGCUGAUUUGUCUGCAUCCCACAAACGCCUCAGCUACGAAGUGCAACGUCUAAAUGCCGAGAAUGAAGGGCUGCGGGAGAUGAGUUCUGAGGAUUCUCCCCCAACAGAUCAUGAAACUAGGAGCUUGCCAAGCACAGUGCCGGAGUUGCAAGCCAUGGUGUCCAAGCUGAGGCAAGAGUCGGCCUUACAACUUCGGGCUGCAGAGCAUCAGGCUGAGCGCCUGCGAAUUGAAAUUAUAUCCUUGCGGGAGCAGCUGGAUGAAGAAACAGCAUCACAGUCAAGCCUGAAGGGGGCGCUGGAGAGAGAGCGGGAAGAAAGAGAGCUUUUGCAAGCCUCUUUGAAUAGUAUUCAGAGUGAGAUGGAAAGGCUGCAGCAAGGGCAAGAAGAGCUUAAUAGAAUUCAGGUCUCCGAGGUGGGGCGUGAGAGGAGUCACUGAUGGGUAUUAACACGGCCCAUUUGCCUGGAGACUGAGGUAAAUCUGAGGACACUCCCUCUUCUCCGCCUUCUGACUCUCCAGAUUAACCUCAGUCUUCGGCCCAAAGGAGCUAUUUUGGUGACUCUCCAGAUUACUAUCCUUGUUUUACUUCUCUUCCUAAUUCUUCCUAAGCCUCCUACUCUCUCUCCUGCGCCUUUCUAGCCUUGCCUUAGCACAAGCUGUGCUCGCUGCACUCUAGGAAGCCCCGAGCCACCGGUAUCCGGUGGGGGGGAUCCCAGGCCGCGCACCACAGGCGAUCCCAUGCGGGAUCACUGGAGGACAGUGUGGAUUCUCCAGGCGAUGAAUCAUUGGCACGGGUAGAGCAGCUCAGUCGGGCAAUUGGACCGCGUGGUUGGCGGUCGCCAUUUUGAAUUGAGGGCGCAUGCGCAAAGCGUAGGGAGGCGCACUGAUUUCAGUCGCUGCAAGCACUUCCAGCACCGUGUUCGCCCAGGAGGGCACGUUGGGCCUGUGUUCUGCCGCUAAUCCGGGGAGGGCCCUGUUGACGGCGGUGCACCAGUCUCUCUUCAACCCGCAGAUCGGCGGGUGGCUGAGAAGAGCGCAGAUUUGAAGGAACGCCGAAUCCGCGCAAUAGCGGAGAGACCGGGGACCAUUGUGAGAGGAGGUAGAGAUAGACAAACGAACCCUGAGUAGCGCGAUGUCGAAUUCUACCAGGAGCAGAGGAGCGGCUGCUCCAGGCUCCCCAGGGGGCUCAGACCUGAGCAAGGGAUCCUCUCGGGAGGACUUCCCCAUGCCCAGGGGGAGAUCCCUUCCUAGGAAGUGCUCUUCCAAGUCUUCCAGGAGGGAAGGUCCCAGGCAGGAGGCCCCCUUAACUAGAGCGGCUGGUAGGAGGACCAGGGAUAUCAUCAGCCCCUCACCAGGCAGAUCUCGUUCCCCUCGCAGGCCCUCUCCUCUAGCUGAGGAUCCUGGCUCUCCGGGCUCACGUAGGCCCGUUAGAAAGGACAGCCCCUUAUCUCCCCCCUUAUCCCCCUCCCACUUUCCAAGGGCAAGGGGAGAUCCAUUUGGCCACAGGGCACCAGGGUCCCCCAGGUAGCGCUUGGCUCCUCAAUAUUCAGACACUAGAGAUGAGCUGGAGCCCCCAAGCCUUUCUCCUGCCUAACCACAACUCUCUGAGAGCUUCCAGAACGUGAUAGCCAGAGCGAUUGCAGAUGGUAUUGCUUCAGGCAUGCAACACCAAUUUCAGGGAGCCAGGCAUAGGUCUGCUCGUGGAGCUCCAAGAGAGCAGACAGUCCAGUCCGAGACUUCAGUCCCCAGAGAGCUCAGAGCUUCCUCCCCCUCCACUGCCAGAGAGGGCUCAGAGUCAGAGGGGGAGGAGCAGAAGGAUAUUGGGUUCUCAGAGGACGAGAAUGCCCUAGCCCCAGAGGCCCCAACCAUCACAGACUUAUUUCCUCCAUCUUUAUUCAGUUCCUUGUUACGCAAGGCCAAGGCCACAGCAGAUCCACACCAAUUCCAAGCCAGAACCCCAGUACCCCCAGCACUAGCGGGAGAAAUUAGAAGGGUUCUUUCCAUAGGCCUCAGGUGGAAAAGGAGAGGAUCUCCACUCCAGACCUCUUCCUGGAGGUUCUCAAGUCUCGAUGGUCUAAGCCUGGCUCCUUCCCCACUCCAGGGAGCAAUGAUCGCAGAUUUUAUAAUCUCAAUGCUUCUUUCGCCCAGGCCUUAUAGGUUCCCUCCGUGGAUGUUCCAGUGGCUGCCUUAGCUUCCUCCUCUGCUGUUGUGACAGGGGAUAUAUCUAACUGCCUGAAGGCAGAGGACAGAAGAGUGGAGCUGGUCAUGUGUAAGACCUUCCAGGCUGUGUCAUGGGCGAUUAGGCCGACGGCCGCCGCCUCUUUCUUUAACAGAUCCACCUUUCUAUGGCUGGAACAGAUCCGAGACAGGACACCAACAUUGGACGUGAGGCUACUGCAGAACAUUAUGAAGUUGAUGGCGGCCACCCAAAUCUCGGCAGAUGCCACCCUGGACAUGGUAAAGAUUCUUCCAGGGCCUUGUCUUCCUUAGUGGUAUCCAGACGUCUACUGUGGCUACGCCACUGGCAGGCCAAGUUCUGGGUGAAGUGGCAUUUGGCAUAAGCAGAGUACACAGGGGACAAAUUAUAUGGUCCUUCCCUGGAUCCCAUCCUUGUUGAGGACAAGAACAAGCAGAAGGUCUUCCCAUCUACAUCCAGAUGUUCAAACCACCGGGCGGCACCUUACUCCAGGAGACUCUAUUGACUUCCUGAGCAGGAUUUCAAGCAGCAGGGGUACUCUGCUCCCAGGUAUCCCAGGCAGGGAGACAGGCAAUUUUCCAGGGACAGAUAUAGGUUCCAGCAGCCCAGUAAGCAGCUCUUUCGAGGGAGGGGGUGGCUGCACCUUCCGCAGAGCAAAGUGAUUCGGGCCUGGAUCACCCCAUCAGCACCUGCCUUUCCUUGUUCGUGGACUGCUGGGAGGGUAUCACCAUGGAUGCUUGGGUUCUCCAGACAGUCAGGUUGGGGCUCUGCCUGGAGCUCCAUUCCCAACCCCUGAAUAGAUUCUGCAUCUUUCCCUCCUCCAAGAACCCGGUCAAGCGCUCCCUCAUGCACAAGGCCAUUCGUUAUCUUCUGGAGAUUAAUGCAGUAGAACCAGUUCCGGAGGGGGAGAAAGAAUCAGGGUUCUAUUCCCACCUGUUCCUGGUUUCCAAGAGCUCGGGGGUGGAGAGUUAUCCUGGAUCUCAAGCUGUUAAAUUCCAGGCUUAUUUACCGUAAAUUUAAAAUGGCUUCCCUCAAGUCUAUCCUGGGGGGGAUUUCCUAGCCUCCAUCUAUCUCAGGGAGGUGUAUCUCCACAUCAUGAUUGCCCCUAAUCACCGUAGGUUCCUCAGGUUCUCCUACGGAGGCUCCCAUUAUCAAUACAGGGCCCUCCCCUUCAGGUUGGCCUCUGCCCCUAGGACCUUCACCAAGGUGCUGGCCAUGGCUGCAGCCUACCUUCAUUCCAUCCCGGUUCGUCUGCAUUGUUACCUGGAUGACAUCGUCGUGCUAGUUCCCUCAGCAGCUCCAGCAGAGGGGGAUCUCAGUAUUACCAUUAGCACCUUACAGUCCCUGGGGUUCUCAAUCAACCUCAAGAAGGGCCAUCUAAUCCCUUCCACUAGACUCCAGCAUUUGGGGACCAUUAUUGAUUCGGUGGAGUGUGAGGUGUUCCUCUCCCAGGAGAUAAGGACAGUAUUGUUGAAUUGAUUCAAGAGAUUUGCAGGAUUUGAUCUGUUCCCGUAGUUCUGCUUUCCAGGCUUCUCGGCAAGUUCAUCUCCUGCAUCAGGAUCGUUCUCUGGGCAUGUCUCCACACCAAAGAAUUGCAGUGGUUCCUCCUCCCACAUCAGAGAAACUGGACAAGCGAUGCAAACUUCAAGGUCCUUGUGACCUCCCAGGUGCUUCUUCUCUCUCGCUGGUGGAUGUCCCCGGCUCUGGCCAGGGGUUCUCUGUUCAGGGAACCAGACAGGCUGGUCUUAACGACAGAUACAAGCUGUUCAGUUGGGGGGGGGGGCUCAUCUGCAGUCCCAGUUAAUCCAGGACCGGUGGACUCCGAUGGACCUGCGCAAGAACAUCAACUGGCUGGAGCUCAGAGCGAUUCACCUUGCUCUUGGGCAGUUCGAGAAGAUGGUCGCCAGAAGACACAUUCUGGUGCUGACGGACGACGUGCCAGCCAAGGCCCAUGUGAACAAGCAGGGAGGUAUGCACUCUGUGGCGCUUCAUGACGAGGCAAGAUAUCUGGGGAGUUGGGAGGAACGGAACCCCCCGAUCCAGGCAGAGCACAUCUCCAGAGUGGAGAACCAGCAGGCGGUCUGGCUCAGCAGGGAGACCAUGGAGAGUGGCAACCUUACCCCAACAUCUUCAAACAGAUCUGCCAGAGGUUUAGCCGUCCAACUGUAGACCUCUUCACCUCACCGUCCAACACCCAGCUUCCGAGGUUCAUCUCGCAAUUUCCAACACAGGGGGCGCUGGACAUCGACUCCCUGUGCUGCAGAUGGCCGGCGGGCCUUCUUUACGCCUUUCCUCCUCUUCCCCGCCUUCCUGGAGUCCUGAGGAUGCUAGUGUUAGAGAGGGCAGAGAUCAUUCUAGUGGCCCCUCACUGGCCACGGCAUCCCUGGUUUGCAGACCUGGUGGAGUUGUCGAUUCUGCCUCAUUGGAAAAUUCCACAGGGUGAGUUGGCCAGGGGAGCCUGGAGCACCCAGACCCAGAGUGGCUCCAUCUGACCACCUGGUGCUCGAGCGGGAACAACUAAGAGACGCUCAGAUUUCUUCUAGAGUCAUCAGGACCAUUGAGGCCUCUAGGAGGAGAUCCACCACAAGCAUCUAUGAUGCAACCUGGACUUCCUUCGCAGCGUGGUGCAGGAUUGCACAGGUAGAUCCGUCAUCGGCUUCAGUCCCUCAGGUUCUGGAAUUUCUUCAGGAUGGACUGGAGAAGGGUCUGGCUCACAGUACCCUCAGAAGGCAGGUCUCCACCCUAGCCACUAUCCUUGGAGGGGGGGGUGUGUUCCCUGUCCCUGUCCCAGCUUCCGGUCAUCAAGAGGUUCCUUUGAGGGGCAGCUAACCUUCAGCCUCUGGUGAUCCACUGUUUUCCCUUGUGGGAUCUUUCAACGGUGCUUCAGGCGCUCCUGGAGGCACCUUUCAAACCACUCAGGGAGGUGAGCUUACAAUUCCUCACCCUCAAGGUGGUCUUACUUGUGGCGAUCACCUCGGCCAGGAAGGUGUCUGAGCUUAAUGCUCUAUCUACCAGGGUGGACCUCUGCACCUUCCACAGCAACAGGGUCGUCCUCAGACUCGAUCCAGCCUUCAUGCCCAAGGUCAGUUCCCCCUUCCAUAGGGGACAGGAAGUAAUACUCCCGGAUUUCUGUUCUUCUCCCUCAUUGGAGAGAGAGAGGUCCUGGCAUUGCCUGGACGUAAGAAGGGCACUGUGCAUCUACCUCAAGUGCACAGCUGUCUUCAGGCGGUCGGAGGCUCUCUUUGUUUCCUUCCAUCCCUUGGCCCGGAGAGCCAAGGUCUCCCCGACCACCAUCUCCAAGGCAUACGAGGCUUGAGGACUGCCGGUGCCGCAGGGCACCACCGCACAUUCCACUCGGAGUGCUGCCACUUCGGCAGCCUGGGCCACCCAGGCACCUAUCAAGGACAUCUGCAGGGCAGCCGCCUAGUCCUCUCCUUUGCCCUUUAUCAGGCACUACCGGCUAGAUGCGUAUGCCUUGGCUGAGGCAUCUUUCGGGAGGAGGGUCCUUCAGGGUGUUCUGGGCACUCAGGGGACUCAGGCACAAUGAUCCUUCCCAUGGACAUCUAGUUUUGGUACGUCCCAUCACCCAUGCCCCACCUUGGAGACUGUCAGUUGGUCUUACCUGAACUGCACAUCUCAAGGGUGGUGUGGGAGCAGUCACUUCCCGCCCGUCAGGCGUGCCCUGCACCAGGGCCUGAGUGGAUUAGCUACAGGUCAGUCAGGGACCUGGGAGGAAAUUGGGUGGUCUUUGUCCCUUCCUUCCCAGGUUCUACUUCAACUAGACCAUUGGUUAAUCUGGAGAGUCAGAAGGAGGAACAGAGGGAGUGUCCUCAGAUCUACCUCAAGUCUCUGGGCAAAUGGGCCAUGUUAAUACCUAUAAGUGACUGCUCCCACGUCACCCUCGAGACAUGCAGUUCAGGUAAGACCAACUGACAUUCUCUCAGUCACUUUAGUAGGACCCAAGUUUGUGGACUGUCCAACCACAAUAGACAUAAGUGUUGCAUCCGGAACACCUUCACUGAUUCAAGUUUCACCAAUUGCAAAGUUUGAGAAGAAAAAUGUGAAAGGAUGUAGGCAAAGCAGAGAUACGGUGCAGAGCUAGUAUUGCCCUUUCUCAUGGUGUUCAAGUCUGAAGGCAAAGCCUCGUUCAGAUGGAAAGCAUUGUCUUAAUAUUAACAAAAUUGUUGUAGGACUCAGUCAUCUUCCUUCUUUAUA